UGUUCGGUACGAAUCGUCGCCACGCCGGCCGAGACCCGCGCGCCUCGUACGCGCUUUCCGCAAGAAGCUUUUAGCGCCAUCCGAUUGUUGCCCCCAAACUUUGCCGUGCUCGCUGCAGUCCAGGUUGGUUGAAAUUUGACUGAUCGGAAUGACACACACGCUUUUCGCUCUGUAUUCAUUUCUAACACUUUCCAGGAAACUGUAAGACUUUUUCGGCGAUUCGGCAUUCAGAGAAAAAUACUGAGUGAUGAAAAAAUACAAGCCAUUCGUUCGUGUCGUCUACAGGAGAAGUGUUUAAGCAUAAUUGAAGAUGCUCACAUACGCUAUAACGGGGAUCGUGUUACAAGUUAUACUGCUGAGUCCAUCAGGAACGGCAGCCGUUAGCUGGGAAGAAUGGUGGACCUAUGAUGGGAUAUCGGGUCCAGCGUUCUGGGGUUUAAUAAAUCCAGAAUGGUCAUUGUGCAACAAGGGCCGAAGACAGUCGCCCGUUAAUCUGGAGCCCAGUAAGCUGCUCUUUGACCCGAAUCUCCGACCCCUGCACAUCGAUAAACACAGAGUGAGCGGGUCUAUGAUGAACACUGGACACAGUGUAAUAUUUACGGUGGAUAACGAUACUCGCCAUCACAUAAAUGUGACCGGGGGUCCACUAUCCUAUAAAUAUCAAUUCCAAGAAAUCCAUAUCCACUACGGACUCCAUGAUCAGUUCGGAUCCGAGCAUUCAAUAAACGGAUAUGCUUUUCCUGCCGAGAUACAGAUUUUCGGCUUCAAUUCGCAACUCUACUCGAACUUCUCCGAAGCGCUGCACAAAGCCCAGGGAAUCGUCGUCAUUUCUCUGCUGCUGCAGUUGGGAGACUUGUCAAACCCAGAACUUAGGAUACUAACAGAUCAAUUAGAUAAAAUUAGAUACGGAGGAGAUGAGGUGGAGGUAAAGCGGUUAUCAGUAAGAGGGCUGCUCCCGGAGACCGACUAUUACAUGACGUACGACGGAUCCACCACGAUGCCGGCUUGCCAUGAGACAGUCACAUGGAUGAUACUCAAUAAGCCUAUUUACAUCACCAAGCAACAGAUGCAUGGUCUGCGGAGGUUGAUGCAAGGGGAUGCCAAACACCCCAAAGCGCCCCUAGGAAACAAUUUCAGACCGCCCCAGCCGCUACAUCAUCGACCAGUUCGGACAAAUAUUGACUUUAAUGUUAAACACCGAAGCGACGCAGGCAAGCAGUGCCCGAGCAUGUACAAAGACGUCUACUACAAGGCGAACAGUUGGAAGCAGCACUAAAACGAGACAGUGACCUGUGCCACACCAAUAAACUCGAAUAAAUAAAUCAAUAAAUAAACUAACAAUUAGUGGACGAUCCGCUGCCUGGAUGCUAAACAAUUUAACGUUAAAGUGAAGUGACCAAACAGUUAUAGUGCUAAUAAUAACAAUACAAAAAUUAAACAUAUCACAAUAUUUUGCAACAUGUAUGUAAUAUGACUGAAUUAUGUGUUACUGCUUUUAUUUUAGAAUAGUCAAUUAGGAGAUCAGUUUAGUUGGGUAAUUGAUUUUGAAUUUAUUUAAGGCCUAAAUGCUCCUGGAUUCAAAAUAAAAAAAUGUUGCAUAUCCUAAGGUAUUUUAGUAAAAAAUUACUUAUGUAAGAUUAGGAGUAUGAAUAGUCUAAAGAAAUGUUUGUAAUAUUUAAUUAUAUGUUGAAAGUUUAUUUAUUUUUU